AUGGCCGAUAAAGCCAUUGAAGCGUCUGUCCUGGGCGUGACCGAGGAAGAAAACCUGACCACGCCUCGCGAGGAGAGACUGGAGAGGUGGAACGGAACUCGCAUCAACUCGUAUCGGUUCUUUGUAACUCUUUGGAGCUUCAUCAUCAUGGGCAUGAACGAUGCCGCCAUCGGUGCCCUGAUCCCAUAUAUCGAGGCUUACUACAGCAUCACAUACACCGUCGUGGCCCUGCUCUUUCUAUCGCCAUUUAUCGGCUAUCUGAUGGCGGCCCUUUCCAAUAACCUCAUCCACCACAAGUUCGGUCAACGAGGCGUCGCCGUGCUGGGCCCCGUCAGCCGUAUGGUGGGCUAUAUUCCCCUUGCUCUUCACCCUCCGUACCCGGCCCUUCCUGUAGUCCUGUUGUUUGCAGGUUUCGGCAACGGUCUUGAGGACAGCGCCUGGAACGCCUGGAUCGGAAACAUGCAGAACGCCAACGAGCUGCUUGGGAUCUUGCACGGCGCCUACGGUCUGGGGGCCACCAUUGGUCCGCUCGUCGCCUCGGCCAUGGUAGCCAGGGGCCAGAAGCUGUCGUGGUACACCUUUUACUACGUCAUGAUUGGCGUGACGGUGGUUGACUUCUUGGUUGCCACGACAGCUUUCUGGAAGGCCACCGGCAGAGUCCACAGGGAGACUCACCAGUCGUCAACUGGGGAGAAGAGGACGACCACAAGGACGGUGCUGAGGGAGCCCAUUACCUGGCUUCUGGCCCUGUUCCUGCUGGGUUAUGUCGGGGCCGAGGUCAGUCUGGGUGGUUGGAUUGUCACCUUCAUGCUGCGCGCUAGGAAUGCCGAGCCUUUCCUGGCCGGCGUUACGGUGGUCUUGUUUUGGCUAGGGCUCACCAUAGGCCGGGUCUUGCUGGGAUUCAUAACGGGACGGAUAGGAGAGAAGCGCGCCAUCGCCAUCUACCUGCUCAUCUCCAUCGCGCUCGAGCUACUCUACUGGUUGGUUCCCAACUUCGUCGCAUCCGUCAUAUUCGUCACUUUUCUCGGUUUCUUUCUUGGACCCCUGUUUCCUGCUGCUAUCGUCGCCGCGACCAAACUGCUCCCCAACGACUACCACGUCAGCGCGAUUGGCUUUGCCGCCGCCUUUGGCGGGGGCGGUGCUGCCAUUUUCCCGUUUGCCAUCGGGGCCAUUGCACAGAAAAAAGGCGUCCAGGUGUUGCAGCCCAUCAUCCUGGCCAUACUGGUGUUCAUCCUACUACUGUGGCUUUGUCUCCCUGGGGGUAUGAGGCGGGGUGGGCUUGAGAGGGCGAGAGAAAACCAGGAGGGCCUAGGCAAUGAUGUCAAGGGAUUCUUCAGGUGGAUAAGCCGGCGGCUCAAGCGUUUGCCGUAA